AUGCGGUUGCAGUACAAGAAGGCUGUCACGGGCUCGAGAUACCAAAAUUCCCAAUUUUUUCAUUGUUCAGCUAGAAGGAAUGUGAUAAAGCCGCUUUUACUCGCGGACAUUGGUGAAGGGAUCACUGAAUGUCAGAUUGUUGAGUGGUUUGUUCGACCUGGAGACCGGGUUGAGGAAUUUGACAAGUUAUGUGAAGUGCAAUCGGACAAAGCAUCAGUGGAGAUUACCUCGCGAUAUGAUGGCAUCAUAAAAGAACUCCACUAUGGUAAAGACGACAUGGCUGCAGUUGGAAAGCCACUUCUUGAAAUUGAUGUUGAAGAAGAUGAAGUUGUCGUGGCAGGGGAGGGCAGCGUGGAAGGGAAAGCACAAGAGUCGUCGAAGAUCGACGUUUCCGAAACAACUGAACUACAAGCUUCACCUGUUCUCGAAGAUUCUAUAGAGGAACUACCAGACAUUUUAUCAACUCCCUCGAACUCUCAGUCACUUCAAAAGAGAAACAACACAGCCACACCAGCAGUGAGGCACCUGCUCAAUAAACUAAACCUCGAUAUUGCCGACAUCAAGGGAUCUGGCAAAGGGGGUCGAGUGAGCAAAGAAGACAUUGAUCGCCAUGUCCUAUCUACCGCAUCUACAUCCACACCAUUCAAGAACGAACCAACCCCAGUUGCAGUUGUAGUUGCUAAAGCAGAGGACCGAAUGUCGCGCUUCACUUCCAUACAAACCCAGAUGUUCAAAACCAUGACGCGGUCUGCAACUAUCCCACAUUUCCUCUACACGCAUACGGUGGAUCUCACAGCACUCAGUCUCGCGAAGACACGAUAUAACUCCAGCCAUACGAAUUUCGAAAUGACUGAUACGUUACCAUCAAAACUCACUGCGCUUCCAUUCAUCAUGAAAGCGCUCUCUCAAGCAUUCGCCAAAUUCCCCGCACUAAACGCUUACCUUGAUAGUGAAAGCCCACAGCUUAUCAUCAAAGGAGCCCAUAAUUUCGGUAUAGCUGUCGACACUCCACAGGGAUUGCUAGUCCCUGUAGUCAAAGACAUUGAGCAAGCUAGCCAAAGCGGGAAACUUGCACCAGAUGAUUUCAAUGGCGCGACAUUUAUCGUGAGCAAUAUUGGGAGUAUCGGCGGCGGCGUCGUGGCUCCUGUGAUUGUGGCGCCGAUGGUGGGGAUUCUAGGAGUUGGGAAAAUGAGCGGUGUGCCAGUGUUUAAGAAGGAUGAGCAGGGUGUAAAGCAAUUGGUCGAGAGGGAUGAAUUGAUUUUGAGCUGGAGCGCGGAUCAUAGAGUUCUAGAUGGCGCUACGGUGGCGAGAUGUGCGGAAGAAGUACGGACGCUGUUGGAAGAUAUUGAUGUAUUUAGCAUAGUACUACGCUAA